AUGGAUGUGAGCUCAAGCUGCGAGACCCGAGGGCGUGGCAUGCCGAUAGAUAGGUCAUGUAGCCUUCACCCUAGUCAAACUUCCCCUUCUAAUUCAGUUCAUUCUCGUCAGUUCGGGUUCACCGGUUUUUCUUCGAUGGGACGGGGUGCCAACGGAGGCGGUGAUAGGGCUGGUGAUUCAGGUGAAUGUAAAGAUUACAUGAUGGUGGGUGCUCGAGGUACCGGGGAACCUCAGGGAAGUUCUUUGGCCUACACCAAGAUGGCAAAAAAUGUCCAGCAAGCCGUCCCGGGCGGUGGUCUCAUGGACAUCCAAUACUCGAGCUCAGCCGAGUACGUGAGAUCACCCAAAGAUGGAGCGGAAACCGGUCUUAGAUACAUCAAAUCCCAGAUGGAAAAUUGUCCGAACAUGGUCUUUGUCUUAAUGGGUUAUUCCAAAGGAGCUAUGGUCCAGACUCAAAUUCUAGCCAGUAAAGAGUUACCACCCGAUAAAGUUGCGGCUACCGUAUUGUUUGGGAAUCCCUACUUUCAACCUGGUUCUUCACAGAACAAAUGUGAUGCGACAUCGGGAAGAGGAAUCUUCUCAUCGAUGACGGUCAAUGUCCCAAAAGAAUAUGUUUCAUCUGCUUGGGAUUGCUGUCUUACCGGUGAUCCGAUCUGUACAAAGUCAGGGGGGAUUGCUAACCAUUUGAAGUACGGUGGUCAAUCGGCGACCGAUGCACAAGCGUUUAUCAUCGACCAGCUAAAGAGUGCCGGCGUCGGGACGGGAUCUGGGGGCGAUGAGAACAAGAGUGCAGGAAGACUGGAUGGGACCAGUGGGGUUGGAAAAAAUCGGGGGCUGGGAGCCAGAAGCUUAACGGGGCACACAUCAUCCCAAGGCUCCAGAUAGCCCUCAGGUCAUGAGCAAAUCAAGCAAUGCAUUUAUAAUUCAAUGGUUUGUAGCGUCUCAACGGUGUCGAACCCCAUCUACAAAAGAAGUU